UGCGGUGGCCUCGAGACGGGUCUGAGUGCGUGCGCGCCGAGCCAUUCUGCUGCCAGCGCUGGGAUACCGCGAAGGACCUUAGCUGUUGCCGCGGCGGAGAACAUUCAAUUAACAGUCAGUCUCGCUCGCCAACUUGUUGUGAGGUCGGGGCGUGUUGUUUAGGACCUGGCGAGACGGUCUUCACACGGAAUAGUUGUUUCAGUUCGAGAUCGGACGAUGCCCCCGCCGGCGCCCCGGGCCGCCCCGCGCACCAGGGCCGCCGCCGCCCGUGGCCAUGAGCGGCGCGCCCCGUGAGCGUGCGGCGCCGCCCCGGGCGCGUGCCCAAGGCGGUGCCCCGCGGCCGCCGCCAGCAUGGACCCCCACAUGACCGCCGAGGACGAGCUGUGCCUCGACUCCGCCACGCACCGCCGCCUCCGCCAGCGGCUGUCGCCCCUGCCCGCCUUCCCCGCCAGGAAGAAGAAGCUGGUCAACUUCAGGAUCUCCCGCCGCAGGAGCUCGGCCGGCAGCGUGUCCCUGGCGCCGGAGGAUGGCCGCGCCAGGGCGUCCAAGAGGAACUCCGUCACUUUCGAGGACCCCGAUGGCGACGACGACGACGACGACGACGACGAUGACGUGUACCGGAGGCUCGACCACGAGCGGAGGAACCUGAACGAGGUCCCGCGCAGCGCCCACAGGACCCACGCCCCCGCCAGGCCUCCUGCCGCAACGAAUGCCGCCAGGCCUCACCUCAACGGCGGCCUGAGGCCCGUCCCGCCCACGGUGAUCCCGGAGUCGGAGCGGCCCGCCCUCAACCGGACGGCGCCGCCCGACGCCCGCAAGUCACCGCGGCGCGGGCGGGGCGCGCGGGGCGGGCGCGGCGGGCGCGGCGGGAAGCCGCUGACGGCCCGCCGCAUGGCCUCGCUGGAGUCCUGGGAUAGGCUCAGGAGCUCCAGGAUGGAGCCCGAGAGCUCGAGCCUCCACAGCGUGGUCUCCAUGCUGACCUGCAGGCGGAGGUCGCGCCCCGCGCCCUCCAUCUGGACGCCCUCCGUGCCCCGCUCGCUGCCCUCGCCCAGGCCCGCAAACCUUCUGGAGCAGGAGGAGCGCGGCCGCGGCACCUUCGUCAUCUCGCUGGUGGCCCUGAGCAGCAGGCAGCGGCACCAGGCGCGGCAGGCCAAGCAGCAGGGCGCGCCGGCGCAGAACCAGCAGGAGCAGGCGGGCCUCGGUACCAAGGGGGAGCAGUUCUCGCUCUGGUUCGCCGACAUCGCCAAGGACGCGCGCCUGCAGGACGGCCUCCUCCUCAGGGGGAUGGAGAGCGGCGUGCAGUUCCCGGUGGUCCACGUGUCGGAGGUCGUCCCUGACAACCAGCGCGUGACCGGCCAGUCGUUCCUGUCGCAGCACGACUCCCCGGGCGCCGAGUGGGUCCUGCAGAGAGGCGUGUUCGAGGAGGUGGUGACGUGGGUGCCCGAGCUGCUGGUCACGUGCCCCUCCGACCCGUCGCUGUGGGCGCGGUGCUACAUCCUCCUCGGAUUCAAGACGCUCGAGGGCGAACUCGACCCGAGGAUGGAGGCGCUGUGGCGCGAGUGGACGGGCGCCCUCUACAUCUACUGCAACGUGUCCGACGACCUGGGCCUGAAGCGGCUGUCGUUCUUCCGGCGCCGCUCGCGCCCGCACCCGGCCAUCUUCUCGUACGUCGUCCUGGUCGAGCUGGACACCGUCACGAGGGACAACUGCCUGCACCUCCUCGACUUCGUCUACCGCAUGAAGAUGAGGAACAUGAGCGGUUACAUCUCCGUGUAUCAGGAGUGCAUGCCCUACAUCAACAACAUGAGCGGCUCCAACCAAAACAACAACAACAACAACAGCAGUAGCAGCAGGGCAGGCUCCCCGAAUCCGCCGCCGGCCGCGGCUGACAGUGGCCGCGUCGAGUCCCCUCUGCUGGACCUUAACAGGAUCAGCAUUUAGGGGCCCUCGCGCCGGGGGCUGUCGUCAGAUCACUCAGGUCGUCAGUCUCGAUGGACAGUUUCACUGCAGAGGGAGAAACAGGUCGUUUUAAUGUGCCUUUUCAGUGAUUCGUUUUUGUGGUUGACAAUGCCUAUGAAAAGUGACGAGGGAACUGACUUCUGAUGUGAUGGUUCAUAUAUAUCCUUGUGGUUUAAAUCUGGUUAUUCACUUUGUGAUUUUAGAGGCAACUACCUUUUGCGUUACUGUUGGCAUUUGCCUUGUGGCCGUUGGUGUUGACUGCCUGUGUUUCAGAGCGGAAUGGUUUGGUAAUAAAACAGAUUUUCUGUAAAAUGGAAACACGGAAUUCAAGUAAAAAAUAGUGUACCUGCUACCCUCAAGACCCUAUGCAACAUUAUCUGUUAUUUUAAUAAUAUAAUCAUCUCUUCACUUCCAGGCACCUUACGCAAGAAAAAAGUCUGAUAAAUUUAAAACAUCGAAUAUUUGUGAUGACCCAGUUAUGUAUGGUAAUUUUUCUUGCAAAGUUCUUAUCCACUGUCGGCACAUUAAAAAGUAAGUCUUCAUGCACGUAGCACGGCUGCCCUGUUCUCAAAAUAGUUUACCAUUCAGUGGUCACGCUGCCUGGCUUCUGGCAGCGUAGGUGGUAAACAAUUAGCUUUUUUAUGAAAGCUGAGAGAACAGAAAAAGAGAUGAGUGAACACUUUUUGAUAGUUCCAAAUUUCCAAAUAA